UGCCAGUUCAUUGCGGUAUGUUUCGACAUGUACCUGUAAUGUUUUGGUCACAGUGAAUGGAUACAAACAUAUAUCUCGGUCGAGUGAUUCGAUAUUCCCUAUCAAAUGUACCAUUUAGUAAGAUUUACCUUUUAAUAUCUGUUUAAUUUUUCUGUCGGAUAAAGGGCGAGAAAAUCACGAACAAUGAUAACUGCUAUGGUUAUGGAUUGACUAUUGCCGAAAAACGCAUCAGAGAUUUGGAUUAAGUGUUUGUUAACAUACGCGAGACAACGGAGAAUAGUAAACGAAUAGGUUAGCAGCAAGCAGAUUCACCAUGGACUAUGACAGCCUCGUACGAAAGUUGGGAACUUUUGGUCCUUAUCAAAAGCGCCUCCUUUUUGUUGUUUUUUUUCCAGUAAUUUUCAAUUCUUUUGGAACGCCUGUGUCGGUAUUUUUGCUCGGAGAUCAUCUUCACAGAUGUAAACUUCCUAACUUGGAAAAUGACUCCUAUACAGUUCAGGGCCAGUAUCACGAAGACCUGAUAAAUGCAACAGUUCCUAUACUACCGGAUGGAAGUUAUGACAAAUGCAAAAUCAUAGUCAACGGGACUCUUGAACCAUGUUCUGAAUGGGUGUAUGAUGAAUCUAUAUUUGCCAACACUGUCAGUUCUCAGUUUAACUUGGUUUGCGACAACGCUUACCUUAAUUCUCUUGGAAUAUCUACCUACUUCUUUGGUCACCUUUUUGCUACUAUUCUUGGUCUGUUGGCUGAUAUAUAUGGAAGACGCUUCAUGGUUGUAUCUGCGUCAACUGUUAUGUUUAUAGUCAACAUUAUUAUGCCGUUCUCCUACAACGCAUACAUGUUUAUUGUUCUUCGCUUCCUGGACGGAACGACAGGAAUGGUGUUUUACAGUGCAUCAUUUAUCAUAGGAAUGGAGUUGGUCGGGCCAUCCAAACGGCUGUUUGCUGGAACACUGAUUUUGGUAGUGUACGUUUUUGGAGAGCUUUUGCUUGUGUUCUUUGCAUACUUCAUACGAGAUUGGCGAUGGCUUCAACUGACCUUGGGUAUUCCGAUGGUUUCUGUCCUUUGUUAUUGGUGGCCUGGAGUCCUUCCAGAAUCUCCAAGAUGGCUUCUUUCACGCGGAAGAAAUGACGAAGCUGUGAAAAUUUUAAGAAAAGCAGCCAAAGUUAAUAAAGUACACUUUGAAAAAUUGCCGAAGGAUUUUAGACUUGAGAAGAAAGACAGAGGAUUGCUGGAAAUCUUUAAAGAGCUUUUCCACAGCAAAAAGCUUAUUCUCAGAUGGAUAAUUGUCUUUUUGAACUGGUUCAUUACAUCCGCUCUUUACUAUGGAUUAACUCUGCAUAUUGGAAAGCUAGGAGGCAGCUUAUACAUCAACUUUACGCUUUCUUCUCUUGUGGAAUUACUGGGCUACCUUCUCUGUCUUGUAAUGGAUAGAACAGGGCGAAAACCUUUGCAUCUUUCAGUGAUGUUUCUUAGUGGAGUUGCGUGUCUGUCUUCUGCAUUUCCUGUCUUAUUUGGAGACAAUUCCCACAACUGGAUCAUGAUUGCACUAUCUAUGAUUGGAAAACUUUGUAUUUCUGCGGCAUUCGGAGAAAUCUACAUCUAUACUGGAGAGCUCUUCCCGACUGUCGUACGAAGUCUCAUUAUGUCCAGUUGUAGUUUCGGCGCUAGAAUGGGGUCCAAUACAUCGCCAUUCAUGUACAAUCUUGCAGAGGGCAAGAUGAAAACGGCAUUACCAUUGAUGAUUUACGGAGUUGCCACUUUAAUCAUUGCGUCUCUUUCAAUAUUACUCCCGGAAACCAAGAAACGGAAGCUGCUUGAGCAGGUGGAAGACGUAGAGCAAGAGCAGGAUCUAAUGGUCGACAGGAACAAUGGAUCGUUCAAGAGUUCAGGACCAAACCAUUCAGAAAGUGAAAUGAUGGAAUUAACAAAUAGCAAUGAUGAGGACAGGAAUAACUGAUAAAAUAAGUUUGGUCAUCGAACAGUUAUAGGUUUUGUAACAGGCUACAUUUUUUUAAAUAUCAUAUAUUAUGCUGAUCAUUAUUUUUUCCAUCGAAAGAUUUUUUAAACACUCAGAAAAAUGCUACAAAUCAAUAAUUUGUCCUCAUUUUCUUUUGUUUGACUUUUAUUUUAUUUCUCAUUUAAAGUGUUUUUGGAAAGAUUUUUUCACAACAAAAAUAUCUAUUACACCUUUGUUGUCGCCAAUCAACUGUAAAUUCUUUCUAGAUUCAAUUCUUUUGAAAUUAUAUCUUUUUGGCAAUUAAUAUUACACCUAAAAUUCCUCAUAUAUAAGCUUCAUUUACGGUUGAACUUAAUCUGUUACGUAAACCUUCGGUCCUUUGAAUGAGGGGUGUCACGCUUCAAAGGGAACCCAAAAAGGUAUACGUAAAUAAUUAUAAUUAUUAAGCGCGCUACCUGGUUGGUCAAAUCAUGCAAGUCCGACAUUGCGCGAUUAAGCAAAUUCAUUUUCUGUCUUGCGUUUCUUAAAUAAAGAUCAAUUCUAAAUUUAUUGAUGUGUACUUCUGAUUCGUUCCAAUCAGGUAGGCAAAGCAUUUUUCUUUUUAAAUUUUUCUUAUUUCGUGUUCUUAAAAAUAUUCUUUUACAAAAUGAUUUGAUUUUUCAAUUUAUUCACGAUGUAUAUAUAGCGCCUUUUUUGUCUUAUUUGUUAAUGGGCGUUUGUAGUAAAAAUGCUUUUAUGUCUCACAAAUGAGAACUUUUUCUUUACAGUUUUCAUACCAGUAUAAAAACUAUGAUGUGAUUUAAAUGCUUUUUUGUGUUUAAUGAUAAAUUGAAAUAUAGAUUUAUCUUUUUUAGUAACAAACAUUUUUUUUACAAACAGUAUAUAUGUUAAUCUGAAUGUGUCGCUUCGGAUUUCCCUUGUCUACAGAGUUAAGAAUAUUUUUCUACAAGAUGAAAAUGAAAGAAAAAAAAGUUUUGUAGUGCUCAACGAGAAAAUUGUAAAAUUUAUCUGGUAUUUAGUGUGAAUGUGUGAAUAUAAGAUUUAUCUUAUUGUUAUAAAUUUUAUAUUGAUUUAAUUUGUAUCCUUUUCCCCUUUCUCGUGUUCUAUGUUUGAACAUCAAUUCUAAAUAAAAUAAUAAGGACUUUUGAUUUGUUUAAAUCAGAUU